AUGGGCUUUUCUCAGCAGUGGAUUAAAUGGAUUGUGCUGUGUGUUGAAACCGUUGACUAUUCUAUACUAGUCAAUGGUAAUGUUACUGGACCUAUUAUUCCUGGUAGAGGCUUGAGGCAGGGAGACCCCUUAUCACCAUAUCUUUUUAUUAUUUGUGCAGAAGGUUUAUUCGCGCUUAUUCGGAAAGCUGAAGCAAGAGGAGAAAUGAAUGGUGUGAAGACGACUGUUUCUUAUUUUUUUCAUGCUACUUCAAAUCAAGCUUUGAAAAUGAGAAAUAUUCUAUCAACUUAUGAGAAAGCGUCAGGUCAAGCGGUUAAUCUCAAAAAGUCAGAAGUCUUUUGUAGCAGAAAUGUUUCAACAGCUGAUCAUAAUAAUAUAGCUAAUAUCCUUGGAGUUAAAGCGGUGCUAGGUAUAGGUAAAUAUCUUGGGUUACCUUCUAUGAUUGGUCGAAGCAAGAAAGCUACUUUUACUUUUAUCAAGGAUAGAGUUUGGAAAAAGAUCAAUUCGUGGAGUAGUAAAUCUGGUCGAGAAGUGUAG